AUGUCAGAUCGUCUAACACAACUUCAAAUUUGUCUUGAUCAGCUAGUUGAACAAUUCACAGCCACGGUAAAUUACGUCAAUACUAAUGCUGAACUGGCAUUACUUGAUCCUGAAAAUCCCACAUCAGCAUCCAAUUUAGCUGCCAAUGCACCCUUACCAGGACAUGCCCAACCGCAACAACUAAACCAAACAACAACUCAACCGCUGCCUGUUGCUGACAAUUCCAAGGUGAACAACGAGCAAAACGAGGAGAAGUUCAAGAAUACAAUCAAUGAAUUGUCAACCGAUAUAAUUCUAAAAUCAAGACAGAUCAGCAUGUUGAUUGAUUCCCUUCCUGGUAUAGGUGUGACCCCAGAGAGUCAAUUACAACUUAUUCAAGAAUUAAGUGAUGAAUUGAAACAGGUCGAACAAGAAAGAAUAGAGAAGAUUAAACAAAAGGACCAGUUGUUGGCAUGGUGUGAAGAGUUGAUUACUGCGGUGGCUACAGGAAUAUCUGAAACUCGAAGAUAA